AGAAACAACUAACCAUGAGCACCACAAUUGACAUUUCCAACGAAAAUGAAACUUCUCAAAACUACAAGAAACAAAAGAAAUCCUCUUUCCUUGUUAAGCUAUCUUCUCUUAUAGAGAAACAUGAUGAACAACAUAUGCAAAAAGUCAUUCAUAGCAUCAAGGUAGGAAUUGCCUUGGUUUUGGUUUCACUUCUCUACCUCCUUGAUCCACUUUUUAACCAAGUUGGGGAAAAUGCCAUGUGGGCCAUCAUGACUGUUGUGGUUGUCUUUGAGUUCUAUGCAGGUGCCACAUUAAGCAAAGGUUUGCUCCGUGGAGUUGGAACUAUACUUGGAGGUGGAUUAGGGUGCUUGGCAGCAAUUAUGGCAGAUGAUUUAGGAAAGAUAGGAAAUGCAGUGGUGGUUGGUGCUUCAGUCUUUAUUUUUGGUGCUGUGGCAACAUACUGUAGAUUGAUUCCAAGUAUAAAAAGGAGAUAUGAUUAUGGGGUGAUGAUCUUCAUUCUCACCUUCAAUCUGGUAGCAGUAUCUGGUUUGCGUGCUGAUAAAAUUCUUGAAUUAGCCCGUGAGCGUUUGUCAACAAUUGGUAUGGGUUUUGCUGUGUGUAUAUUCAUCAGUUUACUCAUUUUCCCAAUGUGGGCUAGUGAUGAACUUCAUCGUGUCACAUCCUCCAACUUUGACAAACUGGCUUGCUGCAUUGAAGAUUGCAUGAAAGCGUACUUCAGUGUAGUCAGUGAGAAAGAAAGCAUGCCAAGCAUUAAUGUCAGUGGUUGCAAGUCAGUGUUGCACUCAAAAUCAAGUGAAGAAUCACUGGCAAAUUUCGCAAGGUGGGAACCCUGGCAUGGAAAAUUUGGUUUCUAUUAUCCUUGGGAGAAAUACUUACAGAUAGGAGAGCUUAUUAGGGAACUUGCUUCCAUCAUUCUGUCAAUGAAAGAGUGUCUUGGAUCACCAUUACAGCCCUCAACACCAUUACAACAUGCACUCAAGGAGCCAUGCAAAAGUGUAGGGUUAUCACUUGGAUUAACCAUGCGAGAGCUAGGAGAAAGUAUCAGGAAUAUGAAAAGAUGCCAAGCAAAAGUCCUAAAGUUGGAGUCCAUUAAACUAGAGCUCAAUCUACUUUCAACUUCACAUAAACUACGAGGGAUUGCAAAUGUUGAAUCUCUUGCCAUAGCAAACUUCUUGUUUCUAUUAAUGGAAAUAGUUGAUAAGGUAGAAGUUUUGGCCAAAGAAGUGGAAGAACUUGGAGAGAUCGCUGGUUUUCAAUCUAAAUAGCCCAACCUACCAUACGGUUUUCAAUGACAGAAGACUGUAAGCAAGCACAGCUUCAAAAAAAAACACUAUGACUUAUAAUUUUACAAGGAGGAUGUGGCACGUGUCUACAUACAUACUUGUAGCAUGUAUAAACAAAAUGGACUUCUUAACUGUCAAUAUCCAAAACAUUCUGGGUGGACAGGUGCUGUUUGGUGAAUGUGAAGGAGUACCAUUGAGAUCAGAGCCAUCUAUUUACACUUUGGCUGGGUGGAAGUGUAUUCAAAGAAUAGUAAUCAUGGAUCACAUAGUGAUGAUGCAAACUGAUCUAACAUAUAUGUUAGUUUUUGGGGGUCUUUUUUUCCUUUUUGUAUUAUUAUCAGUUAUCAUUAUUUGGUAGAUUUGUAUUAUCUUUUUAGUCUUUAUAAAUUAUAUAUUUGGUAUAUAUGUACUCCUGCUUUGGAAUAAGAUUAGUACGUAAUAAAUUUCUACAGCAAUACAGACAAGA